CGAUAGCAACGCACCUCCACUGAAUUAAUUCACAAACUAAGAGAAGCACAGUCAGGUUUAUUAUUAUAUAAAUAAAAGCGCCACCGUUUUUUUAAAAUGCUAGCAUAACAUUAAUAAUUUUUUAAAAAAGAGGACAAAUGGGGAACAUACGCGACGGUUUGGCACUAGUUUGUUGCUGUAACCGCAGCGUUCCAACGGUUAUAUAGCCGGGUAGCGAAAUCGCGCUGCCAGCCAAGCGAGUGUUCGUAUUAAAAUUCCAAUUCCCGUGUUUGACAUUUUUAUAUUAGCCGCCAUCACCAGUCGCCGUAAUGACUCUUUUACCCUAAAAUAUCAACCGACAUGUCCUGAAUUUACAAACGGCCGCAAUACCGCACAGAAAAGCUCGCCACCAAAGCAGUUUUAUUAGCCCUUUAGUGGCAGUUAAGAAGAUAUUACCCCCUGUGUCUGCCUUGUGUUUGCCAGUUAGGUAAAUACAGCCGGUAGAUUCAACACUAUAUGUCGUUUAGAGGAUUUUUGAGACACUAAACUAUCGCCAGACCUCAUUCAGUCGCGGAUAUAAAUGGGAGCGUUUCUUUGUGGCCCGCCUAAAAACACUUUUAUUUUAUUGUAAGGCUAAUGCAGCGUUAAAUAAGCUGCGGCCAUGGAGGCAAGUUUGUAACGAAAGUGCCGUUGGAGGUGGGCAAGCCUAGCGGUGUAUUGUGGGAGAGACAAGCAGCUACAGACCAGAGGCACACAAUAUGUGUUGGCUCUCGCCGAAAAGGAGGCAGUAUUCUUUAAGCUAAAUCAUGUAAUGUAAGCGGCGAAAGGAAAGCGAUUUCGUCUUUUCAUCAAUUAAAAAGAAAACAACACUCGAUCGGACGAACCAUGUCCAAGCCAGGGGAGAGGAACAGAUUGAACGAAGACCAUGGCAGAAAGCAGAGUUCAAGUUUGGCGAACGGCAUGGACAGUCAUCCCGUCUGCGGCUCGGCGGAGAAGCGGAGUCACCACUGGAGAAGUUACAAGUUGAUAAUCGACCCGGCGCUAAAGAAGGGAUCUCACAAGCUGUAUCGCUACGAUGGACAGACUUUCAGCAUGCCCAACCCCGGGAUACCACCGGUGGACAUCGUCAGAGACCCCAGGAUCGGUCGUCUGUGGACUAAGUACAAAGAGACGGACCUGCCGGUGCCAAAAUUUAAGAUCGAUGAGUGUUACAUCGGCCCCGUGCCUCCAAAGGAGGUGACUUUCGCCAGGCUCAACGACAACAUCAAGGAAACAUUUCUUACCGAGAUGUGCAAAAAAUUCGGAGAAAUCGAGGAGGUCGAGAUCCUGUACAAUCCGAAGAACAAGAAGCACCUGGGAAUAGCCAAAGUUGUUUUCGAGAGUGUGAAAGCCGCCAAAGUGGCCGUGCAGUCGCUUCACAACACGUCUGUUAUGGGAAACAUCAUCCACGUGGAGCUGGACCCGAAAGGUGAGAAUCGCCUGAGGUACUUCCAGCUCCUGAUGAAUGGCAGCUACACUCCACGGACGCUGCCUGUUGGUGGAGAGGAGGCCAGAGAAGUUUCCCCUCGAAGCCUGGCAGAAGCCUUACUGGCUUGCGAGCCCAUCCGCAGGUUAUCAGAGAGCGGCGUGUCUGCUGGGGGAGGAACAUUGCCACCCAGCAGUUCCUCCACCCCCCUGACCUUGGAGACCGGCUACUCCAGCCUAAGACAGGAUACGCCACAAUCCCAGGGAACCCCUCAUACCCCUCGCCAGGCUGGUACGCCCUUCUCUCAGGACUCUAGUUAUUCCAGUCGGCAGUCCACGCCUGCCUACCAAUCCAGCCGUCCUGAGAGCUCCGGAGGUUACAAAUCUCGCCGACACGAGAGUAAAUUUCAGGAUGCGUACAACCGGAGACCGGAGAGGCCUCAGUAUCGCAGCAACAUGUAUCGAAGUACGCCUGAGCAGCCUCCUUUCAAACAGCACCAGCUCACACCACCUGAACCUCCACCUUCCACCACUUCUUUCAACUACACAGCGCCUCCCCCCGCUACACCGAACUUCAAGUCUGCUUUCUCACCCUACCAGCCCCCUUUGCCCCCUGCGUUCCCUCCAGCAGAACCAGCUUUCCAUCACCCAGCCCAAAGGGAGGGUGAAUACCUCCGACCGCCAGAGCCGCCUCUGACGGCUGCUGUUGACUUUUUGCCCGCCAAGGAGCGACCACAGACUCCUCCGAUCCCAGAGCCUCCACCACCAGAGCCCGCUCCUCAUCCAACCACCCCUCCUCCUCAAACACCAGAGCACUGCCCUUCACCCGGUUCCCCCAUUCUGGAUCCAGAGCGGAACAGCCUGGAUUCUCGCAUUGAGAUGCUGCUCAAGGAGAAAAGGACAAAACUGCUGCCGUUCCUGGACGAGCGGGACUCGGACAACGAGGUGCGAAUGGAGGGAAGUCCGAUUUCCUCCUCGUCCUCGCAGCUAUCCCCAAUCCCCCCUUACACAGGCGGCUCUCAAGGUGGUCAGCAAAAUUCCCGUCCCUCCAGCACAGGUUUGGAGGACAUCAGCCCCACGCCACUGCCGGACUCGGAAGAUGAAGAGCCAAUUCCCGGGACUGCCUCACUGAUCAAGAGAAUCAGCUCUCCUGUCCACGAGAAAGAGAAAGAAGGAUCUUUGGGAGGCCACUCUCCCGCUGAAAAAAUGGACACGGGUCAACAGUCAUCGGGAGAGGAUAUGGAAAUCUCAGACGAUGAGAUGCCCGGGACUCCGAUCACAAGCGGAGAGUGUGGCAAAGGCAUCGUCGUGAACUCUGCCGUGUCCCCGAUGCAGACCAUGGCCAUGCAUCCUUCCAGCUACCACCCCCUGUCCCACCAAGCCGGCUUUGCCAUCCCGCAUCACCCCCUGGCCCCUCACCUGGCCGCCCAUACCGGAGUGCCUCACCCCAUGCUGCCGCCCAUGGGUCCCUACCCUCCAAUGCCGGUGGUGCCUAUGGAUCUGAUGAGCUGCUUCCGGUGGGAGCAGUGGAGCACGAUUCCGAUGUCCUUCCAGAUGCAGCAGCAGAUGCUGAGUCGCAUGGCUCAGACCAGAGGGCCCUAUCCCUAUCCACAUUUUAUGGACAAUGGCGCUUCCGGACCUUUCGGGGGACCCUAUGCACCUCUUUCCAUGGGUGCUACACCUGCAGGCAGCACAGGGGCACCUGGACAACAAUGGCAGCAUCCCAGUUUACCAAAGUUCAACCCUACCGUUCCUCCUCCUGGAUAUGAGACUAAAAAAGAAGAUCCCCACAAGGCCACUGUUGAUGGCGUGCUCCUGGUCAUUGUCAAAGAGCUGAAGGCCAUCAUGAAGCGGGACCUGAACCGCAAAAUGGUGGAGGUUGUGGCUUUUAGGGCCUUCGAUGAGUGGUGGGAUAAGAAGGAACGUUCUGCUAAGGCGUCUUUGACUCCAGUAAAAGGCACAGAAGGGAAAGAAGAAGAGAGACCUAAACCCAAAGAGACGAUUGGUUCAAGUCUCCUUGAGAACUGGAACAAGGGUGAGGGGCUGGGCUACGAGGGAAUGGGCCUGGGAAUCGGGUUGCGAGGAGCCAUCCGCUUACCCUCCUUCAAGGUCAAACGGAAGGACCCUCCUGAGGCUGCAGCUGCAGGCGACAACAAACGAGCCCGACCCUCCACGCCUGUGGACGACGAACUGGAGGACGAAGACCGGGAACGAGACCAAGCUGAGCUCCCCUCAGAUGAUUCCAAACUAGAUGGCGACGGCACGUCGGCAAAGAGACGCCACUCUCGACCGCUUGAGCUGGACAGUGAGGGAGAGGAGGAGGUGGACACCUCAGGGAAGGAAGAGUCACUGUCUGACAGGGAGGAAGAGCCUGGUAAAAUGGAGGUUGUGGAGAGGCUGUCGCUGGGCAAAGAGAGUGGUGAUGAGGAGGGCGAAGGUGAAGAUGAGAGAGACUCAUCCAGUGAAAGCUCCUCAUCAGAUUCGUCUGAUGAUGAAGCUGAGAGUUCGUCUUCCUCCAAGGCCAGCUCAGACUCCUCGUCAGAAAGCUCCGACUCCUCUGACUACGAGUUAAGCUCGGAAGAGGAAGACGACGAUGAGGAAGACAGGGAGGCAGCAGAAGAUGCAGUGGUUGACGGCAAAGAUGCCGCGACCUCCUCAUCUUCUUCAUCCUCUACAUCUUCAUCUUCUGAGGAUGAGGAGGAGGGGGAAGAGGCAGAGGCUAAGCCUCCGAGCUCUCCUGCAGUACCGCUCCCAGAGGUCAAGGAGGAGCACAUACGCAGACCUCCCAGUCCUGAGGAGCCGUCAGCAGAGGACCUGAAGCCACCAUCACCUCAACACAUCCCUGUCAAAGAGCGAGACAUCAGUGACAGCCACAUUCCUGCAGUGAAGUCAGAACAUCAGGAGCAUGUAGCAAACCUUCGACCACCCACACCCACAGGCGUCCUGUUUGACAGUGACCAGGAGACAAAAGCAAAAGGUAAAGCAGAGCCUGAAGAUGUAGCCAGCACCCCUGGUCGUUUAGCCUCCUCCCAAUUAGAUUCAAGCACAGGUCUUCCCAAAUCGGCCUCCGCAUCUGUAAUGCACCUCCCUCUCCCUCCUCACCCGGCAAUAGAAGGCCGAUCCCUUCUCCAUCCGCCCCCAGGCCCCCUGCCCGACUUCCCUCAGCGGGCCCGGCUCCCAACAGAUGAGGAUAUCCCCCGCACGCCCGGCAGGGACCUCAUGGAGCGUGCCCGAAGUCUGGGUAAAUCCCAGAGCACCGACACAGUGCCCAACACACCAGGCAGUGAUGCUCCGCUCACGGGCAGCAGUCUGUUGCUUAGCUCCCCUCACAUCCCUGGUAGUCCUUUCUCCUACCCUGCUCAGUCCCCUGUCCUUAGCGCUGGAGUGCCCCGUACUCCAGGAAGAGACUUAACAUUCGCCCCCGUCUUCCCUGACCCUGCAGCAAUUAAUAGGAAAGUGUCCUUGGAGAGCUUGGAUGAUAGACCAGUUUUUAAGGAGCCGCACAUCAGCGCUGUGCCAGGCCAGGUCCUGGCAGCUGGCACAGAGCACUCAGUCAGCAUCCCUGAAGAUCUACCUACUGGUCUCUCUCUAGAUGUCCCUGUGCCGUCCGAUGUCACGCCGUUGAAGAAGAAACCUGGACGACCCAAAAGCAAAAAGCUGCCAGCGGCCUCUGCGGCUGAUGAGUCUUUGGAGCUCUCAUCCGAGUCCAUCCAUCUGCCUGAUGAAGCACAUCUCGGAGCUCUCUCUGUACAGACGAUCUCUGCACGGUCCCCCAAACACUCAAGCCUGGACUUCCGGGAAGGAGAGGUGGAGCCUCAGACCGUGUUACCUGAUGAAGACAACUUCCUGACCUACAAAGACGAGGCACCCACAGUGGUCUCAAAGCCGGCACGAAGGACACGGCGGCCCUGGGAUGAGAUCCUGCUGGGAAGCCUGUCUCCUGUCACCACGCCUCCGCGGCCAUACUUCACCCGACGCUCUGAUUUUGAGGAGAUGACCAUCCUGUAUGACAUCUGGAAUGAAGGCAUAGACGAGGAGGACAUACGGCUUCUGCAGAUCACCUACGACAAGAUGCUCCAGCAGGACAACGGUAACGACUGGCUCAACGACACGCUCUGGGUCAACCAUCCUCCUACUAACAUCCCUGGAGUGAAGAAAAAGAGGCGAGAUGAUGGCAUGAGGGAUCACGCUACGGGCUGCGCGCGAAGCGAGGGAUACUACAAGAUCGACAAGAAGGACAAGAUCAAGUACCUUCAGAGCACGCGGCUGCAGUCGGAGGAGCCGCCGGUUGACACACAGGGCAUGAGUAUUCCUGCGCAGGUCCACGCCUCAACCAGAGCUGGCUCGGAGCGGCGUUCGGAGCAGCGGCGCUUGCUGUCCUCUUUUGCGUGUGAUAGCGACCUGCUCAAGUUCAACCAGCUGAAGUUCCGUAAGAAGAAGAUCAGAUUCUGCAAGUCGCACAUCCACGAUUGGGGUCUGUUCGCUAUGGAGCCCAUCGCUGCUGAUGAAAUGGUGAUCGAAUAUGUGGGACAGAACAUCAGACAGGUGAUCGCGGACAUGAGGGAGAAACGCUACGAAGAAGAGGGCAUCGGCAGCAGCUACAUGUUCCGUGUCGACCACGACACCAUCAUAGACGCCACCAAGUGUGGCAACUUUGCUCGUUUCAUCAACCACAGCUGCAAUCCUAACUGUUAUGCGAAGGUCAUCACUGUGGAGUCUCAAAAGAAGAUUGUGAUUUACUCCAGGCAGCCAAUCAACGUCAACGAGGAGAUCACGUACGACUACAAGUUCCCCAUCGAGGAUGAGAAGAUCCCCUGUUUGUGUGGGGCAGAGAACUGUCGGGGAACGCUGAAUUAACGUCAGAAAAAAUGGUCUCCCCCAGCUUCUCUCUAAGCUCACCCCAAACUCGGCGCAGACUCUGGGUUUGAAAUCUCGGAUCAGGAGGAACGGAAGAAGGAAGGCUUCGUUUGGGAGCGAGGAGAAGAAAACCGGCAAGUCACCCGGACAGAGUUCAGCUACCUGUCCGGCCCUCUUCACAUAAUUAACUCUAGAUUGUUUACGAAUUAUGGUGCUCUUAACAUACAAAUUAAAAAAACAAAAAAAAAAGAAGAAGAAGAAGAAAACUUCUAGUUUUUUAUGUGCAAACACUUGACUUGCGGGUGCAGCGUUUCCUCCCUCCUCUCAACAUCGGACAGUAUUUCAGCGUGGCUGCUUCCACACCUGGCUCGUACAAGUUUUACACUUUUUUUUCUUCUUCCUUUUUUCUCAUUUGUCUCAUAAGCUUUACCCACACCACACGUGGUACAUAGAAACAACACAGACUCACAUGUUCAGCUGCUCACUAACACUGUUAAGACGCACAAGCCCACCAGGUAAACUCCACCCUCUUCCCCACUUGUGGGAGGAGAGGUGGAUCGCAGACAGUGCCGUUUCCACGCGGGCGGUUUUCCUGGAGGUGAAUCAAACUAAUGAAACAAAAGGAAAAAAAAAUUAUCAAGCUCCACAAAUGGUUAAUCAAACCUACCAUUGCAAAAUCUGGAAUAUCCAACCAUCUCCUGCUCUCACCAGCCAGUGACGGAUCAUGCUGCUUCCUCUUAGUUUAUGCAAAAAAAGCUAAUUAAGAUGUUCAAACUUUGUAUUGAUGAUAUUCCAGUGUUUUGUUUCGUUUAGGUUCUCUUCUUACUUCAAAGACACUAUGUUUGUGUGUGAAUGUGUUCGUUAUCGUGUCCUGAUAGAGCGCGAGACUGUGAGUGCACUGCCCCCCCCCCUCUUCCGUGGGCCGCAGCGUGGAAAAAGCCAACCAAUCAUGCAGAGCAAGAAAGACGAAAGCUUAAUCAAGUCCUGUCUACUUCCAGAGCAAGUGAAGGUACAAGUUUUCAGCUUUGGAGAGAGUAGUUAGUUCUCAUGUUAAGUGCCAUAUGAAUGCGUUACUGUCUUUUUUUAACCCGAGGAAUCCAGAGAUGCGUUAACAUGCAUGUGCACAGAAAUGCUUCCUGUUUUGGCUGAUGGAGGAUGGACAGUGUUUUGGCUUUUUUUUUUUUCUUUUUCCUUUUUCUAUCUGGGUUGACUGUCUCGUGUUUGUGUGCUCACAGAUUUCUCUUCUCGUUAUACUACCAGUGUUCAAUGUUCCCCGCGAGGCAGAAGAGAGCCCAUUCUUUCUUUAUAAACUCAUCGCAAUGAAAAAAACAAACUUGUGAAUGCACUCGGGGCUCGCACUUAUGCUUCCGCCCCCUUUUUCACCCACUCAGUCCUCCCGCUAAGACCAAGUCGAACAUUUUGCUUUUCAUUCAGUUAAAUUGAAAAUGGAGAUUUUUUUUUCCCACCAGUGAUGUUCAUAUUGUAAAUGAUGACUUGUACAGAAGAUCUAAUGCUUUUUUUAUAUACAUCUUCACAACUUUUAAGAUGCAUCUUUCUCUCUCUCUCUUUGUUUUUCACAAAAGACUGAGUAUUUAAAAAAAAACAAACAACGUAUUUUCAGGGAUCUGUAAAAGAAAUCUGAUGGUUUAAAAGGUUGUUUAUUUAAAGAAAAACAAAAAAAGGUCCACUGUGUACAGGACGAGUCUCCACCUCCCUUUGGAAAGAUUGUUUCUUGUAGAAACGUCUUCAUUUUUUUGCCCAUUUGCUUUGUAAUCCUAAUAUGUGUAAAUAGUGUAACUGUGAAUACUAUAUAAAUAUAAAUAUAUAUAUAUAAAUAUAUAUAUAUUUUUGUUCCCUGGGAUUUGCUACAUAAACACGGCUCGGACAUCUAUCAGAAUUGGAUGAGCUGGUAGCAGGAAAUUCAGCUUGUGUCAAGCUUUGGUUUUUUUUGGUUUUGUUUUUUAUUUUCUGUUGUAAAUUCUAUGAAAAGUUUGCGGUGUGGAGAAAAGAAAGGUGCAGAAUCGGCAUGAGAAGAGGACUGAUGUGUCAGCCUGUUUCUCCUGUCUAUUUAUUAUACAACAAAUGUAUGAAAAAAGAAAAAAAUGGAAAUAAAGCAUUUUUGCAUACAUCCAUAAA